AUGCCUCAGACAGGCGUUGCCCCAGAUAACGCUAACACUAACUGUGUAAAACAAGGACACAGGUGCUCUCAUUCGUUAAUCCUACCUGUCACCCUGUAUCACGAGAAGGAUCCAAGAAGAACAGUCGACGUUUACGCCCUCUUGGACCCACAGUCCGACACUUGUUUCGUCUCUGAGAAUACAGCCAGAACCCUAGAUGUUAAAGGAUGUGAUGUUACCCUCAGGCUAACAACCAUGUUAGCUGAAGCCACUGUUAAGUCUACUAAGGUCACAGGCCUCCGAGUAAUGGAUGUUGAUCGCAAUUUGGAUGUAGGCCUCCCAGUUACCUACACCAGAGACAAAAUACCUGCUACACAUGGGCAGAUACCUAGAGCUGACACUUUGAGAACAAUUCCCCACCUGGCAAAGAUAGCAGACAAGCUUCAUCCUCAUCAAGACAUUAAAAUCGGCCUGCUUAUUGGGAUGAACUGCCCUCGACUCAUGAAACCUAGAGAUGUUGUCCCAGGAGGAGACAAUGACCCCUAUGCCAUUUUGACCGAUCUUGGUUGGGGAGUCAUUGGUAUCCUUGACUGCAGCUGUGAAGAUGAAAGCCAAAUAGAGUCCGCCUGCAGAUCAAUCAGUACUAAAGAAGGCAGUUGUCACUUUGCAUUCAGAACCAAAGGCAAGGAGAUAAGUCCAAUUGCACUUAGUGAGUGGUUUGAACGAGAAUUUCAUGAAGACGACUCCGAAGAGAAGAUGUCCUGUGACGAUAGAAAAUUUCUAUCCGAGGCACGAGAUGGACUACAGCAGUUAGAAAACGGACAUUUUCAGCUGCCCCUGCCACUGAAGGAUGACAACAUGGUCCUGCCCAACAACAGACAGCUCGCUGUAAGGCGCUUAAAUGGUAUGAAACGCCGAUUACGCCGUGAUGAAGCAUAUAAGGGAAAGUAUGUUGAUUUUAUGGAGGACUUGUUUGUGAAGGGCUAUGCCGAACCAGCCCCCAAGGAGACCCCUACAGGCCAAGUCUGGUACAUUCCCCACCAUGGUGUACUUCAUCCCAAGAAGCCAGAUAAACUCAGUGUUGUUUAUGACUGCAGCGCUGCAUAUCAAGGACAAGUACUCAACAGAAACCUUCUCCAGGGUCCUGAUCUCACAAACAAUUUGACUGGCAUACUUUGUCGUUUCCGGAAGGAGCCAGUGGCCUUCACCUGUGACAUUGAGGCUUUCUAUCACCAGGUAUCUGUCGCAGAAGAUAGUAGAGACCUUUUUCGCUUUCUAUGGUGGAAGAACGGGCAGCUAGAAGAAGAGCCGACCGACUACAGGAUGACAGUCCAUGUGUUUGGAGCCACAUCUUCCCCUGGAUGUUGUAAUUAUGCGCUAAAGGCCACAGCAGACAAGUACGAAGAAAAACACGGAAAAGAGGCUGCCGAUUUUGUAAGAGAGAUAGUUUCUACGCUGAUGAUGGUAUCCGGUCUGUCCCAACAACCAAGUCAGCCAAGGAGUUAA